UCUAUUUUCGUGCCUUCUAAGCCAAGUUACGUAUUUAGGUUAUUUCCAACAUAACUCAGGUUAGUUCUUGCUGUUGCUUCGAUGAAUAAUCUUAUAGAAAGACGAAGGGUCAUGGACCAGAACGAGAAAACAAGUCUGGUCGAUAGAGUAUUUUCUUGGUCUAUCAAAGAUAUUCUCAAUAAAGAUCUCUACAAGCAAAAGUUAAAGACAGUACCAGACAAGUUUAGAUCCGUUGAUGAAUAUUAUCAAUGUUUUGUUCCUCAUCUACUCGUGGAAGCACAUACCGAGUUGUUCUCAAGCUUCAAAUCUGUAUCGAAAUCUCCUGUUGUUCAAAUACGUUCUAUGGAGACAAAGAUGAAGCAAUCAAGUGGAAGCUCAUCAAACAAGUUGGUCUAUGAUAUAACCUUAAAGGCCGCAGAGGGUUUAAGUGCCAAGUACCAGCCAAAAUGUGGAGAUCUUAUUGCUCUAACAACGGAAAAGCCAAGACGGAUCGAUGACUUGAACCCUUUACUUCUCGGUUAUGUAUUUUCUUCAGAUGGUGAUCUUAAAAUCUCUGUUCAUUUGUCUAGAUCGAUAUCACUUGUUGAGAACUAUCGCUUCGGUGUUUUCCUCAUGACUUUAACGACAAACACUCGAAUUUGGAAUGCUUUGCACAACGAAGCUGACACAUCGACUCUAAUCAAGAGUGUGCUUCAGGCAAAUACUUUGGGUACAGAACAAUGUUUUUGUUCUGGUAAUGAUUUUGAGAGAUCUGACCUUGUUUUGGAUAUAAUCCGUUCAACGAAAUUGAACUCUUCCCAAGAGGCUGCAAUCUUGGGGUGCCUUGAGACAAGAAACUGUAGUCAUAAGAAUAGUGUGAAAUUGAUUUGGGGACCUCCUGGAACAGGCAAAACAAAGACGGUCGCGACUCUUCUCUUGUCCCUUCUCAAACUAAGGUGUAAAACAGUUGUGUGUGCUCCUACAAACACAGCUAUUGUACAAGUUGCAUCAAGGCUCUUGUCUGUAUUUAAGGAAAAUUGUUCAUCAGAGCAUGCUACUUACAGGCUGGGGAAUAUUGUUCUAUCUGGAAACCGGGACAGAAUGGGGAUUAACAAGAACGAUCAUGUUCUUCUUGAUGUGUUUCUUGAUGAGCGUAUUGAAGAAAUUGAAAGAAUGGAGGAAGAAGCUGAAAGGCAAGAAGUUGUUGUUAACAUUCCUACGUUUGGAGAAUUCGUAAAGAAGAAUUUUAAUAGCUUAAGUGAAGAAGUGGAGACAAGCAUGGUUGAUUUGUACACACAUCUUCCCAAGUCUUACUCAUCUCAAGAUGUGAAGAAAAUGAUUGCUUCCCGUCAAGCUCUUCAACGUGUCAGAUAUUUCUUGCAGGAGAAUUCUUCUAGAGUUGAUUUCAAAGAAGGAAAUUUCAAAUUUGAUUGCUUCAAAAGACUCAUCAGUGUUGAUUGCCUUGAGGCUCUACGUUUACUUCCAAAACGUUUUGAGAUACCCGACAUGUUGGAAAACGAAGAUAUUAGGAAAUUUUGUCUACAAAACGCGCAUAUAAUCCUCUGUACGGCUUCCGGUGCUGCUGAAAUGAAUCCGGAAAGGACAGGAAAUAUAGAACUUCUUGUGGUUGAUGAGGCGGCUCAGCUUAAGGAAUGUGAAUCAGUUGCUGCAUUGCAACUUCAGGGACUGCGUCACGCCAUUUUGAUAGGAGAUGAGUUUCAAUUACCCGCAAUGGUUCAUAAUGAGAUGUGUGAAAAGGCGAAAUUCGGAAGAUCUUUGUUUGAAAGAUUGGUUUUGCUUGGUCAUAGCAAACAUUUGCUUGAUGUUCAAUAUCGAAUGCAUCCUUCGAUUAGUCGUUUCCCUAAUAAAGAGUUCUAUGGUGGGAAAAUCAAAGAUGCUGCGAAUGUUCAAGAAAGUAUUUAUCAAAAGAGGUUUCUUCAAGGAAACAUGUUUGGUUCUUUUUCUUUUAUCAAUGUUGGACAUGGAAAAGAAGAGUUUGGUGAUGGAUAUAGUCCAAAAAACAUGGUUGAGGUUGCUGUCAUUUCGGAAAUCAUUUCCAAUCUUUUCAAAGUUUCAAGUGAAAGAAGGAUGAAGAUGAGUGUUGGAGUGGUUUCACCUUAUAAAGGACAAGUGAGAGCAAUCCAAGACAGAAUCGGAGAUAAGUACAGUUCCUUAUCUGGUCAACUUUUCACUUUGAAUGUUCGGUCGGUAGAUGGGUUUCAAGGUGGUGAAGAAGACAUUAUCAUCAUCUCUACCGUUAGAAGCAACGGUAAUGGAAAAGUGGGAUUUCUCAACAACCGUCAAAGAGCCAAUGUGGCACUGACUCGAGCAAGGCAUUGUUUAUGGGUGAUUGGUAAUGAGACAACUUUGGCUCUAAGUGGUUCGAUUUGGGCUAAACUGAUAAGUGAGUCUAGGACACGUAGAUGUUUUUACGAUGCUGCAGAUGAGAAGAAUCUAAGAGAUGCCAUGAAUGAAGCUUUGCUUGAGGAUGUGUCUUCAAGUUUUGGAUCUCUUUCUAUCAGGAGUGUUGCUUUGAUGGACAGUAAAGAGAUACGAAAGCUCUUGGAAAAAAACGAGCAGACAAGUCUAUUCGCUAGACUAUGUUCUUGGUCAAUCAAAGAUAUCCUCAACGAAGAUCUCUACAAGGAAAAGAUAAAGACAAUACCAGACAGAUUUAGUUCCGUUGAUGAAUACGUUCAGUGUUUUGUUCCUCAUUUACUCGAGGAAACACGAACCGAGUUGUUCUCGAGCUUCAAAUCUUUAUCGAAAGCUCCCGUCUGUCAAAUACUUUCUAUGGAGACAAAGAUAAAUGAAUUUAGUGGAAGGUCAUCGAUCAAGUUGUUCCAUGAUAUAAAACUAAUGGAUUAUGCAGACGACAAAAGUGAAAAGUACGAGCCAAAGUGUGGAGAUAUUAUUGCAUUGAGUCCUCUGAGUUUGACAGAGGAUAGGCCAAGAAUCGAUGACUUGAAUCCUUUACUUCUAGGCUACGUUUUCUCUGUGUAUGGUGAUUAUAAAGUCUCUGUUCACUUCUCUCAGAGUGAGAAACAUUCAUUUCGUUCAGGUAUAUUUCUCAUGACUUUAACCACAAACACUCGAAUUUGGAACGCUUUGCACAACGAAGUUGCCGAUUCUACUCUAAUCCAGAGUGUGCUUCAAGAAAAUACUCUGGCUACAGAACAAUGUUUUUCUUGUGGAAAUGAUGAUGAUGGUUCUGAUUCUGACAGUGUUUUCGAUAUAAUCCGUUCAGCAGAACUGAACUCUUCCCAAGAAGCUGCAAUUUUGAGUUGCCUUAAGACAAGAAAUUGUAAUCACAAGAAGAGUGUGAAACUGAUAUGGGGACCUCCUGGUACUGGCAAAACAAAGACGGUCGCGACUCUUCUCUCUGCUCUUAUCCAACUAAAGUGCAAAACAGUUGUGUGUGCUCCUACAAACACAGCUAUUGUUGCGGUUGCAUCAAGGUUAUUGGCUUUAUCUAAGGAAACAAUUGUGUGUGCUCCUACAAACUCUGCUAUUGCUGAAGUGGUAUCGAGGUUCUCGUCCUUAUUCUAUGGAACUUCUACAUUAGAACGUACCACGUAUGGUAUGGGGAAUAUAGUUCUAUCUGGAAACCGCGAAAGAAUGGGGAUUAAGAACAAUAAAGUUCUUCUCAAUGUGUUUUUCAAUGACCGCGUUAGUAAACUUGGUAGACUGUUUUUAUCUACUUGUGGAUGGAAGAAGAGGUUGGAGUCAAUCAUAGAUUUUCUUGAGAACACAGAGGCUAAGUAUGAGCAACAUGUACAUGAAUUAGAAGAACUUCAAAGGAUUUUGGAAGAGGAGAAGAAGAAGAAGAAAGAAGAUGAAAAGAAGAAAGAAACCGAAAAGAAGAAGGAAGAAGCUGAAACUAAGAAGGAAGAUGAUGAGAGUGUGAAGGAAGAAGUUGUAAACUUUCCUACAUUUGGAGAUUUUGUGAAAAAGAAGUUAUAUGUCUUAAGUGAAGAAUUGGGGAAAGAUAUGGUUGAUUUGUGCACUCACCUGCCUAAGUCUUUCAUUUCAUCUAAAGAUGUGAAGAAUAUGAUAGCAGCCCGCCAAGCGCUUCACCGUGUUAGAGAUUUCUUGCAGGAGAAUUCAUCUAGAGAUGAUUUCAAGAAAGGUGGUUUCAGAUUCAAUUGCUUUAACAAACUCAUCAGUGUUGACGCUAUUGAGGCUCUAUGUCUACUUCCAAAAUGUUUUGGGAUUUUUGGCUUAGAAAAUUAUGAAGAUAUUAGGAAAUUUUGUCUACAAAAAGCAGACAUAGUAUUCUGCACAGCCUCAAGUGUUGCCAAUAUGAUUCCGGCAAGGAUAGGCUCUGUUGAUCUUCUUGUGGUUGAUGAGGCAGCUCAGCUUAAAGAAUGUGAAUCAGUUGCUGCAUUGCAACUUCCUGGACUUCGUCAUGCGCUUCUAAUAGGAGAUGAGUAUCAGUUACCUGCAAUGGUUCAUAACGAGGAAUGCGAAAAGGCGAAGUUCGGAAGAAGCUUGUUUGAGAGAUUGGUUUUGAUUGGUCAUAACAAACAUUUGCUUAAUGUUCAAUAUCGGAUGCAUCCCUCGAUUAGUCGGUUCCCUAAUAAGGAGUUUUAUGAUGGGAGAAUCACUGAUGCAUCGAUUGUUCAAGAACGCAUUUACGAAAAGCGGUUUCUUCAAGGAAAAAUGUUUGGUUCUUUCUCUUUUAUCAAUGUGGGACGUGGGAAAGAAGAGUUUUGUGAUGGACAUAGUCCUAAGAAUAUGGUUGAAGUUACUGUCAUUUCCGAAUCAUAUCCAAUCUUUUCAAAGCAGAAGAUGAGUGUUGGAGUUAUUUCACCUUACAAGGGACAAGUAAAAGCAAUCGAAGAGAGAGUUGGUGAUAAGUACGGUUCCUUAUCAAGUCAGCUUUUCACUUUGAAUGUUCAAUCGGUAGAUGGGUUUCAAGGAGGAGAAGAAGACAUUGUCAUCAUCUCUACCGUUAGAAGUAACGUUAAUGGAAACGUGGGAUUUCUAAGUAACCGUCAAAGAGCCAAUGUGGCACUGACUCGUGCAAGACAUUGUUUAUGGGUGAUUGGUCACGAGACCACUUUGGCUCUAAGUGGUUCGAUUUGGGCAGAACUUAUAAGUGAGUCGAGGACACGUGGAUGUUUCUACGAUGCGGUUGAUGAUAAGAAUCUAAGAGAUGCCAUGAGUGAUGCUUUGCUUGAUAAUGUGUCUUCGAGUUUUGGAUUUUUUCGAUUAUGAAUGGCUUAUUAGAGUAGUAGAUAUAUAUGAAAAUA